AUGUACCAGCGGGCGCUAGAAGGCAAAAAGAAGACCUGGAGUCCUGAUUAUACAUCGACACUUAAUACUGUUAACAACCUGGAUAUCCUCUAUAAAAAUCAGGGGAAGCUGGCGGAUGCUGAGAAGAUGUACCAGCGGGCGCUGGAAGGCUACGAGAAUGCCCUCGGGCCGGAUAAUAUUCUCUCGUACGUUCCUGCGCUUAAUACCACCUAUAACUAUGGUAUGCUCUUUGAGGAUCAAGGCCGCUUAGGUGAUGCAAAAUUCAUGUAUACAAGAGCACUUAGAGGAUAUAAGCUUGUCUUUGGAACUAACUAUCGCGGGUACCAGGCAGCCCAGGAGCUCCUUAGGAACCUGGAGACCUCUGAAGAUUCUCGCUCUACUUCGCCGACAGCUGCUACUUACUUAACCGACAUGUAA